AUCCGGGGAUCUGAGCGUCCUUGGUAGCUGGACUGGACCGCCGCCAGGGAGAGGAUGAUAAUGGACAUUGUCAGAGGCCAGCUUGAUGAGAUUUCACGCCCAGCAUCUGGUUCUCGAACUCGUCCUGGGAGCCGGGUGGCAAGUGGUCCACCACCAGACAGGCGACGCUUGAGUGUGCAAUCCUCAGGGGCUAUGGUAGUUUUAACUCCUGAACCAAUUUUACCCCAGGACAGGUCUGACUCAUUGGAUAAUCAUAUUAACUCCAUGGAUUCCACAGCAAAUUCUUCAUUUGAGAGAUUGGACAGUGAACAUGAAACCUUUAAUGAGCAAGAUGGAGUGAACAGUUUGGAUACUGACAGUGUAGAUGCCAGAACGUCCAAUGAGUCUCAGUUACCACCAGAAGAACAUUUGGAUUCCAUUAUUAUACGGGAAAUGCAUAUUUCAGACAAAUCAGAAAUUCUAUUUACUUCAGCUGAUUGUGAAGUGGAUUCAGAGAAUCACUUGUCGACUGCAGGUCAAACCAAACCAUUGAAGGAGGAAUCUGACCAUAAUAAGCAAGCAGAUUUGGAUCAUAAAGGUGAAGAUGCCCAACUUGAAGAGGCAAUAGUGAAUAUGAAAAAGCUGGAUAAAAUUUUGGUUAUGAAGCAGGAGAAAGAAAGGCAAGUGAAGAAACAAGGAAAAGAGCUAAGGAAAAAGCUUUGGGAGGAGCUUGAGGAAAAAAGUGAGAAAGAGUCUCAGAAGAAAGCAAGCAGCAGGAAUACAAACAUUGGAAACUCUGUUGCAGAAAAUAGUGAAGGAUUAGUGGUGUGUCCUGAGGUGGCAGAGAACACUAAAAAAUUUCUAGCUUUGACACCGACCGGGAAUGGUGCAGACAUGGAGGUUACACCAAUAUUCCACACACAGCUCCCUUUGGAGGAAUAUGAAAGAGAUAACAAAGAAAGAGACCAAGACUACCAAGACAGUAGUGAAAGAGUUAAAUUAACUUCAGAAACCAAAUUGCCUUCAGAAAUCAACUCUAAAAGUGUCCAUUACAAAGACCAAAGGAACCAAAUGUUCCCCCAAAAUAGGAUCAAAGUUAAAGAUUUUGUUAAGAAGAACAUUGAGUUAGCAAAAGAAGCAAAGAACCCUGUGCUACUGACUGAUGAUGAGAAAAAAAGAUUAACAGAUCUAUUAAUGGAUGUUGAAGCUGAUUCAUCAAACAAUGAAGACACUUCAGUUCCUUGGGCAUUAUCUGUGGCAGAAAGAGAAGGUUACACUCCAGAACCCAUGGUUCAACAACAUUUGGCUGAGAUAGAUGCCAAACUACAAGUUUUCAAUUUGGAUGAUGAUUUCCCUAGGACUACCAGCUCAUUAUCCAGUAUACAAACCCAGAAUUAUCAGGGCACUGUAAGCAGUCAGGCAGAGAUUGGGCCAGGUGAAGAGGUCCUUGUCCAACUACGAGAUGAGCGGGAGCAUCACUUGAGGAUGGAAGCAAUAGAACAGCAGCUGAAAAGUUUGGAGACAGCCUUCAGUGAGUCUUCUGCUGGUGGUGUGCCAUAUAUAUCAAAAGAUCAAUUGGCUUCCGUACUCGAUGAAUGCAUCCGAUGUCAAAGUUUAGGAAGAAUAUCAGGAAAUGAAGAUUUAGAUUCUGAGUCUGUUGCUUCUAGUUCUCCAAGGCCUCAGUUGCUGACUGUCUACAAUAGUCCACGGCUAUCAGAAUCCGUUCUUUCCCAACUUUUGGCAGAUGCAUACAAUUCUGGUCUUUCUCCAGCUCCUAGUAGAGCUGAAAGAGAUGGCAAAAUAUCAGCUGCUGAUCUCGAGAGUGAAGACCCUGGUUACUAUCGCAACAAAGCCAUGACAAGCCUCAGCAGGAUGGCAGGCAAAGAGCUAGCUGUAUUGGGACCAGAAGAUGAUAAAUUGGAGAGGGAAGUGGGCGAGUGGAUGCCGAGCAAUAAUGGAGAAUCUUACAUGACCAUGGCACUGGAGAUUAAACAAGCGAAGAAGCCUGCAUUCCUGGAUGAUCCAUGUCUUUAUGAAUUCACGGAAAAGGAGCUUUCAACAGAUGACAACGGUCCCACCAUUCCAAAGUUACUACACAGAGAUGAUGAAAAUGUUGCCGACCCUGUCGUGGAACAGAAGUAAAAAAAUCUUUGUGAUUGCAGCUUAUGGGAGCCAUACAAUUUACUGUCAGAUGAAGUGGUCUUUAUUAAAGAAUGACAAGUCUACUCCCAAGAAAACAUUGUUGCUGCCAAUCACUCUGGUAUUCUGAUCUUUACUGUUUAGAUUUCCUGACUUAUCAGCCAGUGUUGACUAAUUCACAGAUAUAUUGAAGAGGCAAGUCAUUGAAAGGAAUUAUGUAAUCGAUUUGCUGUUCAUUGCAUUGAAACUUGCUUUAAUCACAGACUAUUGUAUCUUGGUUAAAUGGAAUACAAUUACAUUGUUAAAAAACUAAUGUUCUUUCUGCCAAUUUUGGAAAAUAAUUCAACAUUGAUACAGCCUUAUGAGAUAAGACCAUAAGACAUAGGGGAAGAAAUUAGGCCAUUUGGCCCAUUGAGUCUGCUCCACCAUUCAAUCAUGGCUGAUAAGUUCCUCAACCCCAUUCUCCCACUUUCUGUCUGUAACCCUUGAUAAUCAAGAACCUAUCUAUCUCUGUCUUAAAUGUGAUCAAUGACCUGGCCUCCAUAGCCUUCUGUGGCAGUGAAUUCCAUAGAUUCACCACACUCUGGCUGAAGUAGUUUCUCCUUAUCUCCAUUCCAAAAGGUCUUCCCUUUACUCUAAAGCUGUGCCCUCAGGUCCUAGUCUCUCCUACCAAUGGAAGCAUCUUCCCAACAUCCACUUUGUCCGUACCAUUCAGUAUUCUGAAUGUUUCAAUUAGAUCGCUCCUCAUCCUUCUAAACUCCAAUGAAUAUAGUCCUAGAGUCCUCAAAUGUUCCUCUUAUGUUAAGCUUUCCAUUCCUGGGACCAUUCUCGUGAACUUCCUUUGAACCCACUCCAGGGUCAGUACAUCCUUCCUGAGAUAGGGAGCUCAAAACUGCACACAAUACUCCAAAUGUGGCCUGACCAGGGCCUUAUAAAACCUCAGUAGUACAUCCCUGCUUUUAUAUUCAAGCCCUCUCAAAAUAAAUGCCAACAUUGCAUUUGCCUUCCUGACUACUGACUCGAUGUGCAAGUUUACCUUAACAGAAUCCUGGACUAGAACUCCCGAGUCUCUUUGCACUUAAGACUUCUUAAACCGCUGCUAAAUGAAUGAGCUGUGUUUGAGCAUAACGAGCCCUGCUACAUCUUCAGGGAGCUGCAGAAAGGAUGUCAGAUCUUGAAGAGUAUGCAGAGGAGAUUUAUUGGAAAGGUACCAGGGAUAAUGAACUUCAGAUUUGACAGGGAACUAGAGAAGUUAAGAUUGUUCUCCUACAGCAAUAAAAUUGUUGAGUGGUAGAGUAAAUAAAUAAAAAAAUGUUUUCAUUGAUAAUUGCAAGAAUUAGAGAACACACAUUUGAGAUAAUUGGCAUGAGAAUCAGAGGGGGGUUGGCCAAAAUUAUUUUAUGGAACAAGUUAUGUUCUAUAUGCUCUCUUGCCCGAAGAAAGACAGAAGCAAAUUGAAUUGUAAUCUUUGAAAGCGAAUUGGAUAUGUUUUUGAAAAGGAAAAUUUUACUAAGCAAUUUGGAAAGAGAAUUGAAGCAGAACUGAAUGGCUAAGUGUUUUAAAGUAUUGGCAUAGGCAUGAUUUGCUACAAAACCUAAUUUGUGUUAUGUUGUUCCAUUAAUCCCAAAAGACUCCAUUAGAAAAGAAAGGAAAAUAAAUAGAACAGCUUUUAUAAAGCACCCAAAAUAUACCCCUUGUUUAGUUCCCAAAAAUGUACUUACACCAGAACCCCAACUCUAAAACCUCGAUUGAAUUAAGUCCCUUGUGACUUGAACUUACAGGCUGGAAUGGCAGACGCGUUCUUCCUGGAGCUAUCAUGUAUCCUAGCCUAGAUAUGUCUAACUUUAAGGAAUCUCUUCAAGGUUUUAUCCCAACAAUUCUGAUCACACUAUCACUAAUUCUUUACUCUAAAUCUAGUUUUACAGGAUCCUUCCUUUCUCAGGAACCCUGGUCUAACUUCAUUGAAGGAUUUCACAGCAUUGCUCGAAUUCAAUGUGAAACUAAGAAGAAUCUCUCUUUCCCAUAUCAGUGGAAGCAUAUCAACUCUACUCAGCCAGCACAUGCUUGAAAGUCUCAGAAAAUUAUGUCCACCAUUUGAUGCACUUCUGCUAUAGGAAAUCAUGUAUUUAAUAACCUGGACUCUGCUAAGAAUUACAUAAAAACAUAGAAGAUGGAAGCAGGAGGCGGCCAUUUGGCCCUUUGAGCUUGCUCCACCAUUCUUCAUGAUCAUGGCCAAUCGUCCAACUCAAUAGCUUAAUCCAAUAGCUUAAUCUCCCAUAACCUUUGGCCUCAUUCACCCCAUGUGCUAUAUCUAGUCUCCUCUUGAAUACAAUCAAUAUUUUGGCAUCCACUACGUCCUGUGGUAAUGAAUUCCACAGGCUCACCACUCUUUGGGUGAAGAAAUAUCUCGUCAUCUCCAUCCUAAAUCAUCUACCCAGAAUCUUCAUACUGUGACCUCUGGUCCUGGACUCACCCACUAUUGGGAAUAUACUUCCUGCAUCUACCCUGUCCAGUCCUGUUAGAAUUUUAUAAGUCUCCAUGAGAUUUCUCCUCAUUUGUCUGAAUUCCAGUGAAAACAAUCCCAACCUAGUCAAUCUCUCCUCAUAUAUCAGAUUCACCAUCCCCAGAAUCAACCUGAUAAAGCUUCGUUGCACUCCUUCAAGAAUGAGAGAAUCUUUCUUUAGAAAAGGAGACCAAAACUGCGCACAAUAUUCCAGAUGUGGUCUCACCAAGUACAACUGCAACAAUACAUCCCUGCUCCUGUACUCGAAACCUUUCUCAAUGAAGGCCAACAUAGCAUUUGCUUUCUUUAUCGUCUGCUGCACCUGCAUGCUUACCUUCAGUGACUGGUGCUCAAGGAUGCCCAGGUCGGGCUGUACACUUCCCCUCUCCCAAUUUACAGCCUUUCAGAUAGUAAUCUGCCUCUUGUUUUAAUAAUAAGUGAAUAAAGCUUGGAGAUGUUACAUUUUGUUCCUUCAUCCAACUCAUUAAUAUAUAUUGUGAAUAGCUGGGGUCCCAGUACUGAUUCCUGUCGAACCCCACUAGUUACUGCCUACUAAUUUGAAAAGGACCCAUACACUGGAAAAUGACGAAAGAUCAUCAGUCGGGCUCACAUAUACUACAAGCUACAUGUAUAAAUAUACAAGGCCAUGUUUUUUGUAGGCAAAAGAAAUUUGCACAUAAAUUACACCUUUUUCAUUAAAAAGGCUGUGGAGACAGUCAGUCUCUGCAUCAUCCCCACAACUACACAAUGAAUAAUCAAAAUCUAUCUCCCAGAUCUGAGCAUUAAGCUUGAAAGUUACCUGCCCUUGUUUCAUCUCCACAUUAACGAUGGCCCAACCAGUCAACAUCCUCUUCUUAUGCUGUGUAAAGUGAUAUCCUUCUUUCAAUCAUGUUUAAUGUGUUCUCAUCCUGAUGAGUGGAGGAUGGAAAUGUUCAAUUUCUUGUUUAAAUUGUUUAAAUUCUGCAUUAACCAAACAAUUAUUUAACCAAGAGAUAGUAGGAACUGCAGAUGCUGGAGAAUCUGACAUAACAAGGUGUGGAGCUGGAUGAACACAGCAGGCAAAGAAGCAGCAGAGGAGCAGGAAAGCUCCCGGAAUGUCAACCUUCCUGCUCCUCUGAUGCUGUUUGGUCUGCUGUGUUCAUCCAGUUCUUCACCUUGUUAUCUCUAUUUAACUAAUUUCCUUCUAAUUGUUCCCUUUCGAUCAUGAUUUUUCACGGAGAUAAAAACAAAGUAAUAAUAUUUACAAUGAGUGCAAACUGUUGUUAUAGUGAACUCAUAAGUUGUGUUUUAUACACUGCAGUCUAUAAAACAGCGGGCUCUAAUUGUGGCUACCGUAGGAUUUUGUUUCAACUUCUUUUGGUUAGCUUUCUCUCUUUUACCCUUAAGGAGGUGUUAUCCUAAGUUUAAUUCCAAUGAGCAGUUUGGCCAUUAAAUUUUUCAAUAAUUUGAUUUUGACUUGGCAAUGUAUUAUUUGGUUGCAUUGUUAUUUUGAUCUCUGAUUUAAAGCUUACAAUGCUUUGCUGGUCGCUGUAGUUCAUGUUACUAUUGCUAGUUAGUCUUGCAUGAUUCAAUCUGCAUACCAACUAAAAAACAAAAGAAUCUAUUGCUAAACUGGAAGAAGAAAAGGUCACAAUUAAAUGAGCCGUAAAAAGUGUUACAUUAAUUAUUAGCAUUGAGUUAUCUUGUAUAUAAAUAUACUGAGUAUUUCAGAAAUAUGAUGCCUUAUAAGGUCAGUCUUAUGAAAUUCGUCGAAUACCAAGCCUGUCUAUAUGUUAGGUGGUUUUAAAGUCUGCAUAAUAACCAACAAUAAUACUAAGGGUGUUACAUA